AUGACCUCCACCACCAGACAGGUGUUGUACGGUGACGGGGAGACGGCCGGCUUCGACGAGCACGCCUUCCGCAAGCAGGAGCUGCGCGACCUCAAGCUGCUCCAGAAGCAGGAGCAGAAGCAGCACCGCGAGCUCUAUUUUCAAGCAUCAACGCAGCAGGCGCAGGAGCAGCAGCAGCGGCGCUUCGAGCAAGAGCUGGCCGAGCUGGUGCGCAAGUACGACGGCGAGCUGGAGGCGGCGCUGCGUCAGCAGCGUGCGGAGCAGGGGCGCGCCGAGCAGCGGCGGGAGCAGGACCUGCGCGCCGCCAGCAAGAAGAUCCGCGCCGACCAGGAGCGAGAGCUGAAGACGUUCCGCGAGUCGCUGCGUGAGGAGGCGCGACGGCUGAAGCAGGACGCCGGCAUGAUGCUGCGUGACGUUAGGAAGGAGUCGCUCCGCGCCGGCAAGAACAAGAUGGAAUCCGAUCACAAGGAGAGGGAGCGUGUCUUCGUGGAGCGGCUGGACGAGCGGCACCAGCUGGCGCUGGAGGCGCUCUCCGAGCAGCACCAAGAGAAGCUGGCCAACAUGAUCAGCCAGUUUCGAAAAAAGAGGCACCAGCUGAUACGGGACAAGGAGUCGGCGAAGGACAAGCUGGAGGAGCGCCACAUCCAGGAGCGUCACCAGUUGAAGAAGCAGCAGAUCAAGGAGGCCUUCUACCUGCAGCGGCAGCAGAUGCUGGCGCGCCACGCCAGGGAGGUGGACCAUUUGCGACGGGCGGGCCUGCGCCGGUCCGACCUGCUGGCGCGCCAACAGCAGAGCGAGCGGCGCGCGCUGCCCCAAAGCCUGCGCAUCGGCCAGCCGCUGCCAGGCCGCCUGAGCACGGCCGACGGCGACAAGAAGGAACAGCUGAGCAACUUCCACGAGCAGGAGGGCAAGCGGUACAAAGGUGAGGAGCACCGACUUGAACUGAAGCACAAGCGGAAGAUGGAGGAACUGAAGGCUUUGAACGAGUCCGCCGUGAAGGAGCUGGAGCAACUGCACAACGAAAAGUGUCGGACGAUGCUGGAUCACGAGGAUGCCAAGCUGCGCUCUGUCGAGGAGCAGUACUUGGCCGAGGUGCAGGAGUGGCGCCAGUCCCUGGAGCCGCGCCGCCUGAAGCUGGAGGAGGAGCUGGCUGCCGAGCCAGGAGUAUCAGCCGGAGUCGUCGCCGGCCGCCGCCAGGGACGGCUUCGUCAGCAAGGUGACGCUCAGUAA